AUGUAUGCAAAUAAGGAGGAAGAUGAGAGGGUGUCAUUUUUUAACACUUCACUUCUGUAUCUUAAAGACUGGGAUGAGUCGACUUCUGCUUUACAGAAAGGACUGUCAGUUAUCUACUUGCAUUUUAACGGCUCACACAGAGCAAUGAGAGGAGCAGCUAUGAGUGUAAUAACAGCAGUCAGUGGAUUUGUUCUCCUCACUGUGACAGUCGUUCUGGGUCAGUAUGGCUGGGGAGUGACUUACACUUCUACUCAGAUCUGUGCUGUAAAAGGAUCCACAGUGGAGAUACGCUGCACCUUCACAUACCCAUCGACUAUAAAUGGAAUAAGAGUUGACAAAAAAUUCUGGUUCAUCAGAGACGAAAAUAAGGAACUUGUGGAUCUGAAAACAGAGUCAGAGUACAGAGAUCGUGUUCAGUAUCAGUGUGAAGACAACGACUGCACUCUGAGAAUCUCAGACCUCAGAGAGAGCGACUCAGCUGAGUACAAGUUCAGAUUCAUAACAAACGAUCCAGGAGGGAAAUAUUCUGGUGUACCUGGAGUCACUUUGACUGUCACAGGUCCACAGCUCCAGGUACAUGUGAGGAGAUCAACAGUAAACUCUUAUUCUAACUGGACAGAGCUGACAUGUCACAACAACUGUCAGCUACCCGAUCAAUCUUCCUACAUCUGGUACAGGAAUGGACACAAACUUUCAUCAGACGAACAAUAUUUACACCUCAACACAUUUGAUUCUGCAGACAGUUUUCACUGUGCUGUGAAAGGAUAUGAGCAAUUCCCUUCUCCAACAGUGUAUGCUCCAAAGCUUCCCUCUGUGUCAGUGAGUCCCUCUGCUGAGAUAGUGGAGGGCAGUUCAGUGACUCUGACCUGUAGCAGUGAUGCUAACCCAGCAGCUAGUUACACCUGGUACAAGGAGGAUGUCAUCAACCCUCUCAUUUACCAAAACCAACAUUUUUUCUUCUCCAUCCUGCCCUCUGACUCUGGAAAGUAUUACUGUACAGCUGAUAAUGACCUGGGACAAAAGAGAUCUGAAAGCAGAACUAUUGAUGUGAAAUAUGCUCCAAAGCUUCCCUCUGUGUCAGUGAGUCCCUCUGCUGAGAUAGUGGAGGGCAGUUCAGUGAAUCUGACCUGUAGCAGUGAUGCUAACCCAGCAGCUAGUUACACCUGGUACAAGGAGGAUGUCAUCAACCCUCUCAGUUACCAAAACCAACAUGUUUUCAGCUCCAUCCUGCCCUCUGAUUCUGGAAAGUAUUACUGUACAGCUGAUAAUGACCUGGGACAAAAUAGAUCUGAAAGCAGAACUAUUGAUGUGAAAUAUGCUCCAAAGCUUCCCUCUGUGUCAGUGAGUCCCUCUGCUGAGAUAGUGGAGGGCAGUUCAGUCACUCUGACCUGUAGCAGUGAUGCUAACCCAGCAGCUAACUACACCUGGUGCAAGGAGGAUGAAAACUCACCUAAAGCAUCAGGACACAACUUCACCAUCAGCAACAUCAGACCUGAGCACAGUGGGCGUUAUUACUGUGUGGCCCACAACAACAGAGGGACUCAUAACUCCACCUUACAGCUGACUGUUGUAGCAGGGAAAUCCAAAAUAAUAAUCAUGAAUAUCAUCAGGCUGACUCUGGUGGUCCUGAUCCUGAUUACUCUGCUUGUCUUGAGUCUGUUGACGAGGAGGAAGAAGCGCAUCAUCUUAAAAACUGAACCAAAUGAACCUGUAGAGAUGACUGAGGUAUACUCUCAUCCUGACUGAAUCCCGAUGAAUCGUCAAAGGCUCUGACUGCAGCACAGACAGAUGACAAGGAGGAGCAGGAACAGCUGGUGUCAAGUCCAGUCAGGUUACAGCAGGUGUUCAGUUCAAGUGUCACAAACAGCCCUUUGUGUUAGACCAUUAAAACUAAAAUGUUUGCUUAAUAAAACAAAGACUGCCACAAUUUGAAAUGUCUUCUUCUUCAUGUAUGAAACCUGCGCUGAGCAGCCUGUGGUGUUUUUCCACAGUCAGCCAAUCUAAUGUCAUUACAAAGAAAUCUACUGAGCUUAUACUCUAAAUAAAUAUAAAAAAUAAAAUACAGAGACAGUACUGGGAGUUCUUUUUCUGUGCUUUGCUCCAUAAUCAAAAUGAUCAACAAUU